UGCGCGUGUCUUAGUGUGUGUGUGAGUGUGUGUGUGUGUGCCUGUGCAUGUGUAUGUGUUUGUGAGCGGGCUCCCAAGUGUCCACGGGCCAGUGAGGCGGGGGAGCAGGCAGCCCGGCCGCUGUCGCUGCCUCUGCCGCCUCCGCCCAGAGAGCUGCCCCUCUGUCGCAAUAUGCCUCCUCUGCCCUCUGGCUUUUCGCCAUGUCGAGGAUUUGCGGGAGCUUUCCCUUCACUCUGCUCUUAGGUCUAGCCGCGGUGCUGCUGAAAGGGCGGCUUGUCCCCGCAGCCUCGAGAGCCGAGCCCAGCCGCUCCGACCUGAGCCUGAUCCAGCAGCAACAACAGCGGCAACAACAGCAGCAGCAACAGCAACAGCAGCGGGAGGAAGAGGAGGAGAACAGGCCAGAGGUGCCGGGAGCAUCCUCUACCCUAUCCAGUUCAGUAUCUCUGUUUUUAUUGAAAGUCCAUGUGAAUGAUAUCAUCAGUCGUCAGUACCUACGCCAAGCAGUUGUAGAAGUCUAUGUGAAUUACACAAAGACAAAUUCUACUGUAACUGGAAAUAAUGGAGCAGUAUUAAUAAAAGUUCCCUAUAAAUUAGGUGUCAGCUUGACUAUCACAGCUUACAAAGAUGGCUACCUGCUAACACCAUUACCUUGGAAGACCAGAAGAAUGCCAAUAUAUUCAUCAGUGACACUUUCACUGUUCCCUCAAAGUCAAGCUAACAUAUGGCUAUUUGAAGAUACUGUUUUAGUUACUGGAAAAUCAUCUGAUGCCAAAUCUCAACCAAGUGUACAGUUUCCAAAGGGUUUAAUUAAACUUCCCAGCAGCCAUCAUAUUAGUAAUGUCACGGGCUAUCUUACAGUGCUACAACAGUUUCUGAAAGUAGACAAUUUUCUUUACACGACGGGAAUUCUUCUUAAUAAAUCAGGUUUUAAAAGCAUUGAAUUGACUCCUCUUGCUGCAAUAUGUGUGGCUAUAUAUUCUGGUGGAAAAGAACUAAAUGUGGAUGGCUCUAUUCAAAUUACCCUCCCUCUUGUAGACCCAAACACUGCAAAGGCAGGGGAUGCUCUACCUGCUUGGACAUUUGAUAUGAAAACUGGUGCUUGGGCAAAUCGUGGCUUGGGAAUGGUCAAGCAAUUUAAUGACCAUUUAGUAUGGACAUAUAUGGCUCCACAUUUAGGCUACUGGAUUGCAGCACCACUUCCUGGAACCAGAGGUUCACUUGUAAGUGAAGUCUCCAAGGAUAUCACUGCCUACCACACGGUAUUUCUGACAGCCAUAUUGGGAGGUACAGUUGUCAUUCUCAUUGGCUUUUUUGCUGUUCUUCUUUGUUAUUGCAGGGAUAAAUGUGGUGGAUCACAAAAAAGGGAAAGAAAUGCCACUAGACUUGAGGUCCUUAAGAAGGACCAGACUACAUCAACAAGUCACAUAAACCAUAUAAGUUCAUUGAAGAGUUCAUUAAAAGCUGAGGACAGAUUGCAGUUGUACCACUCUAAGAAUUCCCCAUACAAUCCUCGCAAAAAGGAUUCUACAAAGUCAGAACCUGAAGACAGAGUCCCUACAGUGAAAACUCGGGACAGUUUUAAAAUCUACAAUGAAGAAGUUUCAUUUCUGUCAGCCAAUCACAAAAGUCAUUCAAGAAACUCAAGCCAGUCAUUAGAGCACAAUGCUGCAUCCAGACAGAUAGUGCAGCCAAAACACAGUAAUAGCAAUGUCUCUCCAUCUACAGGUGAUACUCAAGAGCAAAACAGGUAUCUUUCAGUAAAUGAAGAAAUGUAUGGACUUUCUCAUAUACCGGAACAACUGAUGCAUAUCUAUAGCCAGCCAAUUGCCAUCCUUCAAACAUCUGACCUUUUUCACUCUCCAGAACAGCUGCAUUCUGCUAAGUCAGCCACUUUGCCCAGAAAGGGACAGGUAGUCUAUGGCCAACUGAUGGAGCCAGUAAACCGGGAAAACUAUACCCAGACAUUACCCAAAAUGCCAGUGCAUUCUCAUUUGCAGCCACCUGCCACAAGAGAGGAGAAAAUUACACCUGAAGUUCAACAAAGCUUACCAUCCCAAACUUCAGACUGGAGUCGGUAUUCCAAUAGCUUAUUAGAGUCAGUCUCUGUUCCAGGGACACUGAAUGAAGCUGUUGUGAUGACUCCAUUUUCAUCUGAACUUCAAGGCAUUUCAGAGCAGACACUAUUAGAGCUGUCCAAAGGAAAGCCCUCACCACACCCCAGAGCCUGGUUUGUUUCUCUGGAUGGAAAGCCAAUUGCUCAAGUAAGGCAUUCCUUUAUAGAUCUGAAAAAGGGCAGAAGAACCCAAAGUAAUGACACCAGUCUGGACUCUGGAGUGGACAUGAAUGAACUUCACUCCAGUAGAAAACUUGAGAGGGAGAAAACAUUCAUUAAAAGCCUGCAUCAACCUAAGAUCCUUUAUUUAGAAGAUUUGGAUCUCAGCAGCAGUGAAAGCGGAACCACUGUUUGUUCCCCUGAGGAUCCAGCUUUAAGGCACAUUCUAGAUGGAGGGAGUGGGACUAUCAUGGAACAGCCUGUGGAAGAGUCACCAAGAAGAAAAAGCACAGCUGAAGAUUUGGAAGCCAAUAUGUCCCCCACCAAAAAAAGGGGCAGAAUUGCAUUGGCUAAAAAAGAUAGUAAAACUAAUAUCUGGAAGAAGAGAGAGGAAAGGCCACUCAUUCCCAUAAAUUAACCCAUUAACUUUCCCUGGAAGCUCCUGAGCUGUCUUAAGUCUUGUAAAAUGGAAUGUGAAUUCCGUAAAGAGUAGCUGAGCUAUUUCUUAGGUGUAUGUUCAAGGUAAGAACUGCAGCUUUGACUUCAAAAGGAGUAGCAGAUGGUAAAGUGUACAAUAUAAUUUGCUACUCAGAGAAAACCACUGAGGAAAGCUUUGUUGCCAAUCUGUUUUACUCUCUAAUUGUUUUCUUCUUUUAUUAGUGAUGAGGAAGUUCAAAUUACAAAAUAGCCUCAAUGUAUUUGUAUUGCAGGCAUUUUGCCGAGGCUGACAAAUGUGUGCUCCUAAAGUGAUUCCCAAAAUGUUGCCCUUGCCUGGAAUGACAUUUUAAAAUAUUCCCUUCUGCAAUCUUGUGAAAUGCCCAGAGUCUUAUCACCUUGUUCUCUGCUUAUGCUUUAAAAUAACUUGAUAGAUGUUUUGGACUGAUAUUAUUCUAGAGUAAAAGUGAAACAGAAUUUUUCUUUAGUGUGAUUUGCAGCAUGUAUAGUGUAUUAUUCCUCAAAAUAAUCCCACCCCUAACUCACCUAAAUUGGGCCGGUGGUUACUUGGUAGAAUUGCUUAGAGAGGAAAAUGCCCUGUAUUCUGAUAAUUGAAAAUAAUAAUUAUGAUUAUUUUUUAUCUUUUUCUCUUGAUAAGUGAAUUGAGGUAAAUGUCAAGGAAUUUUCUUUUCACCCAACCCAAGCAGUUUCAAAUUUUAUUUUCUUAUAACAUGUUUAUUUCAUUAAUGCUAAAAAUCAGUUUCUGAAAGAAUGUAUUAUUUAAGCUCCUUCAAACUCAGCCAUAGUGAGGUUGUCAAGUUAUAGUCUCAAUCAAUGAAAAAACUUUUCAUGAAUACUACAAAUUUAACUUAAAAUUUCAUUUAAAAGAAGAAAAUAAACUUUUGAAAUAUUGUGGUAAAGUUAAUUUUCUCAGAUGGGAUAUUGUAUCUUGGCUAGCAGAAAAAUGAUGCAGUUUUCCACAUACUCUAAAAAUAUCUUCAAAAUACUAGUUAUCUGGGGGCAGCUUGGUGGCACAGUGGAUAGAGCACUGGCCCUGGAGUCAGGAAGGCCUAAGUUCAAAUCCAACAUCAGA